UAAAGCAUGUGCAGUUGUAAAAAUUUAUAUAAACCGUAAUUUACCGACAUUCAGUUAUAGUAGACCAUGUAACAUAGUGACCGACAAAAUUGAAAUUUUCACUUUCAAAAUGAAAAAAGUUAUUUUAAAGAAGGCCAUAUGGAUCAUACAACUUCCAGCUUCUCAUUUAAAACUUGUACAACCUUAUGAACGUUUGCAUAUUUAA